CUGGCCUCUGGGGUGGCCUGGGCGGUGUUCGCCGGGCUCGUGACCGUCCACUGCCAUGGCCGGACCUGGCGCUGCUUUCCGCCGCUUGGGUGCCUUGUCUGGAGCCGGGGCCCUGGGCUUGGCCUCCUACGGGGCGCAUGGCGCCCAGUUUCCGGAUGCCUACGGGAAGGAGCUCUUUGAGAAGGCCAACAAACACCACUUCCUACACAGCCUGGCCCUGUUAGGGGUGCCCCAUUGCAGAAAGCCCCUCUGGGCCGGGCUGCUCCUAGCCUCCGGAACCACCUUGUUCUGCACCAGCUUUUACUACCAGGCUCUGAGUGGAGACCCCAGCAUCCAGACUUUGGCCCCUGUGGGAGGGAGCCUUCUCAUCUUGGGCUGGCUUGCCUUGGCUCUCUGAGCUUCCUUGUGUUUAAUUUCUGGGUACAUUUUUGAGAGGUGACACGGGGAGGGGAUUAAAAGAGAAAGGCAAAGAAGUAUGGAGUCUUUGUUCAUCUAACCUCUUGGAGGAAGAAGGGUAGGGAUUGUCAACCUCGGGACUCCCUCCCUUUCUGAAGACGGGGCCAGUGAGCUUUGGGUCUGAGGAUAAUGUUCACUUCAAGUUAAUCUGUUACGAGGUUCGUAAACUCAUAACAGAGUGAUAAGUAAUGCUUGAGGUAAUGCAGAUUCUCAGGAAGUCCUCAAGGCCUGGGAUCUGUAUUCUAAUAAGCUCAUCACGUGGCUACUAGAAUUUGAAGAUUACUGUAGGGUGGUGGAUUUCAGCCCUGUCAGUCUGCAAAGUGAUGGAGCACUCAUUUACUCUUGGAGCCAGGUGUAAGGCAAGGCAGGACAGGAGGAAUGCCAUGACAGUAGUCCCCCCCUUAUCUGUGACUUCACUUUCCACAAUUUCACUUUACGCAGUUUUAGUUACCCAGGGUCAUCUGUGGCCCAGAAAUACAAAGGAGGAAAUUCCAGAAAUAAGCAAUUUCUACUUUUUA